AUGACAUCCUGGCCUGGCACUUCACGGGACCAUUCUGCUUUGGUAUCAUUUGCUGGAGACCCAUGGGAAGAUACUAGGGGCGAGAUCUACGCUGCUGCUAGGUUAUCACCUAUCCUGCAACCAGAAGAGGACUACCCAGGAUGGAUGUCCCCGGUAUCAACAGCAACCGACACUUUGCAACCAAAUUCCCCUUGGAUUUCCGAGGACCCUCCUCCCAAAACCACAUCAACCGCCCCGCCAUACGGAUACCCUACAGAAGAGGUCAUGAAAAGUGAUCCAGAUCUGACUCGGAGAAUUCAGAGCAUCCAUGAAGCACAGCCUUUCCAAUCUCCAACCUUAUCCCAGCAAUCCGAUCUCUCCGAUAACUUGCUAGUGCGUAUACAAGACAGCGAAUUUCAUCUUGCGACAGUUUUAGAUAAAUUUGCCGCCCUCCAGGAGGAUAUCUCCGUCCAGCGAUCCCAUGCGAGGAAUUUCCGCAAUGCACUUCGACACAAACGGGAACAAGAGGAUCAUACUCGACUAGCCCUCCGGGACUGCCUUGCUUCUAUUAAGCCUGAAGAGCUGCAUGCAGGGGCUUUGAGAAUCAAUGAGGCUAUCGAGGACCUGCAGGCAGCUACAGCUUCUUAUCUAGGGUUGGAAACCGAAUACCAACAGGUGGAAGAUGCAUUAGAGCAGAAAGAACAACAUCUCAAUAAGUACACGGCAGACAUUGUUAGUAUCUUGCGCAACGAGGCUACAUUCCUGGCUCAAGAGCAACGCGAUACUAGUAUAGAUGUCGACCCUGACUCGCCAGUCCACCAUAUUGUACCUACCGAGGGUACUCGCGACCUUUCUCCCAAAGCGGCUGAAUACGUAUCGCUUGUCGAAGAUGCCACGAUAAUUCGCACAAGACUCGACGAGCUUACCCAUGGCGAGAUGGAAUAUAUGAGAAUCAUUGAUCAACAAAAGUUUCGCGGGCAGAAUGGUCUACCUCUCGACAACAACGCGCAACUAUUCCUUGAACAAUAUGAAGACGAAAGAAAUGGCAUUGAGGAGGAAUUAAAUCCAACGCACCUUCGACUCGAGAAUCAUCCUGGGCGCAAAAUGCCUCAUGAAAACACUGUCACAGAUGAUGAAUGGCGGGAUUUGUUGAAGGAAUACCUCCCUGAUCAGCCCAACGAUCAAUCGCCUCCAGAUCCACUGCGUGCGUCCGAGUUGGAUGAUCGCUCGCCAUUUUUUGAAACGGCACGCCCACUUCCAUUAAAUAAAUCUAACUUUGUCAAUCAUUGGCUUCUCUAUCGACUACGUCAUUCUGCGAUCGAAGUUUUACAGUUCAAGUCGCAACCGGAACUAGUUGAUUUGAUGGAGCAAGGAUGGGAUGGGGAUAGUAUCAGUCAGAUGGCUAUGAGGCUAUGGUACGAAGAUGGGACGACAAAGAUAGAGAUGGCCGAAUAG